UCGGGCAACAUUAAGAAAAACUGUCAAAUUUGGUUAUUAUUAAUUUAAAGAUGUCUAAAUCUCGUGUUUGUCCUGACAAAACUAUCAACACAGCGAAGCAAACUUGUGUAAAAAAAACAAAUCUUCUAGUCUAUGAGCGCGAAAAGGGAGAAGCUUGCAAACCUCAGCCAAAAACCUACAUACCUCCGAUAUCCAGUCCUCAAGUCAAGCGAAUUAAAAUAUGUACAGGGGCCGAACUCAAAAAGAUGUGUGCACCACCUCCGUGCCCAUGUCCUCCCAAAAUCCCGCGGCCCACUUUGCUACAGAGAUUAGGAAAACUACUGGGGCUAGGCGCAAAAAGCCUAGUGGCUUUAGGGGCCGUUUAUGUGACCUACGAUAUGGGAAUUUGGGGUGACUCAAAGACCACGGGAGAGCUCUACAAGAACGUUUGUAAUGCCAUUUUGCCCAAUUUUAUAGAACCGGUAAAGGAAAAACCUCUGACGUCGUCGUGUAAGGCAGAGAUGGAGCUAUUUAACAUGUUCGAGAAAGACCCGUACUGUUGUGACAAGUUUCCAAUUGAUUCGGAAAGCAGUGCUUAUGAGAUACAGCAGAAGUGGAACACGAUUGUCACGAAGACUUUUUCAGCGAUUGCAGGAUUUCCGACCACUGUCAGUAAUUGGUCACAUCAAGUUUACUGUAAAAUAGUCGAUGCGGAGAGCUGUAAGGUGGCGAAAGAUGAAGGCGAAGAAGAAUGUUGUCCUUGUGACUAAAAUUAAAAAAAAAUGAAUAUAUUGACCACUUUCAUUUUUCACAAAGUCAUAAACAAAUUUUAGUAAUAAAUUAUACGAGUAUAUUACA